CUUUUUUUCCCCAGAGGUUUUCAUCUUUUUUUCAACAGAGUACAUCGCUCCCCUGUUGGCUCUUUACUCAGUUCUUCGUAUCAGCUUUCGCCUCUCGACGCGCGUAUAUCUAUUGGUUUUUCAGAUGGAGGUGUUUGAAGAAGAAGGUGUUCAAACAUUGCAAAUGGGUGAUGAGGAUUCUUUCAGUGAGACCUCAUUGACUGAAAAGCUGACCAAACUCAAUAGUUCUCAACAAACAUUGUCUCGUUGGUGCAUUUCUCACCGUGAAAAAGCAAAGCAAGUUGUGGAGACAUGGCAGGCACUGUUUAAAUCCGUACCUAAAGAGAGAAGAGUUUCCUUUUUAUAUCUGGCCAAUGAUAUACUGCAAAAUAGCAGGCGUAAAGGCAGUGAGUUUGUGAAUGAAUUCUGGAAGGUUCUUCCGAAGGUGCUGAAGGGUGUUUGUGAUGGUAGGGAGGAGAAUUGCAAAAAAGUAGCAUCCAGGCUGGUCGACAUCUGGACAGAAAGAAAAGUUUUUGGGUCAAGGGGCGAAAAACUGAAAAUUGAAUUUCAGAGCAAUAAAUCUUCUCCACGCAAGAAACCUUCUCCGGGCAAGAAUCCCUCUCCGGUCAAUGUUGAAAAGAAUUUGAAUCCCAUCAAGAUUCUUAAGAGAGAUGCUAACUCAUUGAGGAUUAAAUUGGCUGUUGGAAGUUUGCCGGAGAAAAUCUUAACUGCUUUCCAGCUGGUACUUGAUGAAACUGUCAAUGACGAAGAAACCAUAAAAAAUUGCCAAGAUGCUGCUUUAUACCUGCGUGAUAUAGAGAACGAUGUUAACGUUUCUCCUCCAGGCGAGCUGUUGGGCUCUGAAACCGUGAGUGAUAUACAGAAGCAGGAGGCCUUGCUUCAGCAUGGCAUCAGCCGACUUGAAAAAAUCGAAGCUAACGGAGUGGUUUUGAUAUCCCAGCUCAGAGAAGCUCUUCAGGAUCAAGAAGCAAAACUGAAGCUGAUUCAGAAUGAGCUACUUACAGCCCGUGGUCAGAUCGAGCAAGCAGCCAACACGAGACUCUGCCUGACAUCAGCAGACCGAAAAUCUGAAAGAAUCACAAAUCAACUCGAACUGCAGACCGAAAAUCCGAAAGAAUCACAAAUCGACCCGAACCCAAGCCCAAACCCGCCGGCCCAGCCUACGACCACAUUCGCAAAUCCCACCAUCAGCCAAGAGGAGAGCAACCGGGCCACAGCAGCUGCUGUUGCUGCCAAGCUGGCGGCCUCGACCUCGUCAGCCCAGAUGCUCUCUUCCGUACUGUCCUCCCUUGUUGCCGAAGAACUAAUGAACGGGCCCCUCAAAAGGCCCAAGUUGGAGAAGCCCGCAACUCAGUUAACCCUUGACAAGCCUGAACAGCCCGACCCGGCCCGUUUUCAAGGGGUCGCGGGCCUGUCUCCACUCGUCCAGCCUUUUCUUCCGCCGCCGCCCGGUUUUCCGGCUGUUCAGUUGGCUCAGCCGAGUUAUAGCUACAGUGGGGGCCCGUUUGGGAUGCAGGCCACUCACCAGUUGCCACCUGGCGCAAACGGCGGGUAUUAUGGGCCUCCGCCUGUGAAUCGACGGUGAGCUUUGUUAGCAUUUUAGUUAGCUGUCGAUGGCGGGAUUUUUUUUGGAGAGGUUUGUGUGUAUAUUACAGUUGUUCGGUUUGCGGAGGAUCAUCGGUUUUUACGAAUAUGUAAUGCUAAGGUAAAGUCGUGAUUGGUUGGAUUUUAAUCUUGUCGGCUUUUUUUGCCCUUGGCUGUAAACUGGUCGCUAACGAUGUCUCUUGCAUGUGUUGGAUCGGUUGUGUCGACUUCUGUUUUUGUUGGGAAAAUUGCAGUUUUAGUCCACUAACUUUGGGUGUUUCUCAUUUUUGCUUAAUAACUCAUUGGGUUCAAAAUUGGUUCAAUAACUCUACAAUUUUAGUCAAUUUAGUCCAAAUUGGUAAAAUGACUCUAAAAUUUAGGAUUUAUUGGACUAAUUUCAGAUCAAAUAACUGUUGGAUUUCGGGAAUGAAACUGGACCAAAUUGGCUAGAGAUUGAAGAGUUAUUAGACCGAUUUUGAACCCUAAUAAAUUAUUGGACAAAAAUAGGAAACACCUUAAGUU